AUCCAAGAGAGAUCGAAAACUGCAUUCCAAGGUUGAAUGAUUCUCCAAGAUGAAUGGACAAGCACAAAGCGAAAAUAGUGUUUCGGGCUGCAAAGGGGGAGAAAGGAAAAGCGUGAGAAGCAAAAUACAAUAUGGGAGACUGACUGACUCACAAACUAUGGUUGAAGUAUGAUAGAUGGAUUCCAAUGAAAUUUAAUUACUAAUUCUACUGACUACGCUAAACUGGUAGUCAUAGAAAAUUACUAGUACGACUACUUCACCGGCUCAACCCAGACAAAAAGGCCGAUCUCAAUAUUAACCCACCUUUCCCUGCCUGCUCUUCUUCUUGGUCGCUAUAAUUAAUUAUGGUCAGAUUCCAAUAAACUUAUCAGUAUACAAUAGUGGUCUUUGCACUCGACAGUGAAGCAGUAAGAUUGGUAAGAUAUGGAAACUGAGUGAUGCUUUGAGAUACUGAUAUGUUGCCUUCAAUCUAGAUGAAGACAACUGGUGCAUGGAAGCUAAAUGUAAAAGAUUUUCUCAUCAUGUCUGGUUCAAGACAGCGCCCCCAUCUAAAGAGGCCAGUGUGGAUUAUUGUAUUGGUAACUUUUGUGAUCAUUUUCUUGAUUACUGCCUAUGUCUACCCUCCAACAAGUUCGGCAGCAUGCUAUAUCUUUUCUUCUAGAGAUUGUACUUUGUACAACCAGCCACCAACAUUUCCUUCUAGGGAAUUAAGUGAUGAUGAGACAAUAUCUCAGGUUGUAAUUAGGGAAAUCCUCAAGACACCUCCUAUCCAAUCCAAGAAUUCAAAAAUUGCUUUCCUGUUUUUGACUCCUGGGACGCUACCUUUUGAGGCACUGUGGGCUAAGUUCUUUCACGGCCAUGAGGACAGAUUCUCUGUUUAUGUUCAUGCUUCCAGAGAAAAGCCAGUACACACUAGUCAUUAUUUUAUGGGUCGAGACAUUCACAGUGAAAAGUGCCUCCUAAGAAGCAGCUACAAAAUGCAGGUGGUUUGGGGGAAAAUUUCCAUGGUUGAUGCUGAGAGGAGACUGUUGGCGCAUGCGCUUUUAGACCCUGAUAACCAGCAGUUUGUGUUGCUGUCAGAUAGUUGCGUACCAUUACACAAUUUUGAGUAUGUGUACAACUACUUGAUGCUAACCAAUGUUAGCUUUAUUGACUGUUUUGUGGAUCUUGGUCCUCAUGGAACUGGGAGGUAUUCAGAGCAUAUGAUGCCCGAAGUUGAAAAGAACAAUUUCAGGAAAGGUUCACAGUGGUUCUCCGUGAAGCGGCAGCAUGCUGUAAUAGUUAUGGCUGACAGCCUAUAUUACACAAAAUUUAGGCUUUACUGCAAGCCAAAUAUGGAUGGGCGCAAUUGCUAUGCAGACGAGCAUUACUUGCCAACCUUUCUCAAUAUGAUUGAUCCUGGUGGAAUCGCAAAUCGGUCGGUAACAUAUGUUGAUUGGUCUGAAGGAAAGUGGCAUCCCAGAUCAUUUAGGGCUCAAGAUAUUACAUUUGAGUUCCUCAAGAACCUUACAUCCAUUGACAACAGCGUACAUUUCACUAGUGAUCCAAAGAGGAGAGUGAUAACUGGGCCAUGCAUGUGGAAUACAAUGAAGCGGCCGUGUUAUUUAUUCGCAAGAAAGUUUUUUCCAGAAACCUUGGACAGAUUGAUGAUCCAUUUCUCUAAUUAUACUACGGUGUAGGUUUUCCUAAUGGUAAUGUUAUUAUUCUUUGGCGGGAUCAAUGUCAUUCAUAGUUUUCAAUGAUAAAUUUUGAUAUUAUUAUUUUAUAUUAAAAAACCCUUAUCCAUUGAUACUGUUUUUGUAUUGCCAGAAUCCAUGGAUAUUGUUCACACGCUCACAUUUUACUGUUAUGUCAACCAUUUUAUUUAAA